AUGCACUGUGAAUAUCGGUCGUUUCGGUCGCGGCGCGAGGUCCCCGACAAGGUACUGACCGGAGGUGUUCUUUCAGAUCUAAAUCCCGUCUUCGCUCAGUCCCAGCGCGGUAACCCCGUGAUCAUGAUAGGCCAGUACCGUUUCAACCGCGUCAACAAGUACGGCAGCCGGAUCAGAUGGGUCUGCGUGAAGGCGAAAGCCGGCUGCAGGGCGUCCCUCCACACCAUGGACAACGCGAUAGUCCGCGUAUGGGGCUUCCACGACCCAAUGGCGCACACCAGCGCCAACAGAUUC